AUGUCCUCCGAGGACGGUGCUCUUGUCGAGCCACUUGCAGUAGUUGUGCAGACAGUAAAAACUGCGGACUUGAAAGGAGGUCAAACAGUGCUGGUAUUUGGCUGUGGACUGAUAGGAAUUUUAUGUCAGGCUGUUUCCCGUUGUUAUGGAGCCAAAAGAGUUGUGGGAGUCGACAUCUCUGCUUCCCGGACCAAAUUUGCAAAGAACUUUAGUGCCGAUACAGUGUUUGUGUCAGAUCAAGGGCUCACCGGUCUGAAUGACUCCAGAGCAGAUGCUGAGAAAAUUAUGAGUCAAUGCGGACUUCCAGACGGCGCAGAUGUGGUUAUCGAGUGCACGGGGGCGGAAACAUGCAUUCAAUCUGGAGUCUUAUGCACAAAGAGUGGAGGAACAUUCGUUCAGGUUGGUUUAGGUCCUGAUACUGUGAAUUUCCCGAUAACACUAGUUCUGAUCAAAUCACUUACCGUUAAAGGUGCUGCAAGGUACACAACAGGGUGCUAUCCGGCAGCCAUAGAUCUCAUUGCUAGUGGAAAGAUUAAAGCUAGUUCCUUGAUCAGCCAUAGAUUUCCUUUCGAACGAGCUUUAGAGGCGUUUGAAACAUUCGAAAGAGGAGAGAAUACAAUGAAAGUAGUCAUUCAGGGCGUAGAUUAA